GCAGGUUAUGGCACUUCUCAAGUGCAUGAGAAACGUACCCAACUAUUACUUAUCAGAGAGUGAGAUCAACUGAAAUAUGCCUUCACAGCAGUGGUGGCCAACGUUUCUCGGGGGUGGGGAGCGAGACAACCAGUCACAGCCGACACAGUCAAUAAAUAUAUUCCUCACCAGUCAACCUGUCAAUCAGGAUUAAUGGUCUUUAAAAAAACUGCCUUCAGAUCGCAGGUCUUUUCAGCACUACGGGAACCGGUAGUCAGAGCUCUGUAAAUUAAGCUACAAAGUCAGAGGCGGUAACGUCCAAAGACAGGAACACAACACACUUGUAGACGAUUCAGUAGGGCAUGCCUUCGGAGACACUCGCGCCUUCUUUAGGUUACUCGAGUUCAUUUGUUAAAAGUAACAAAGUUCUACCGGUGUAAAGAGGUCUUUAAUCAAAGAACAUAGUUUUGCCAGUAUUCUGAAUAAUCGAGAAACAUGCUUGAGCUCCGUAUAUUGACGAGUUUAUAAAUUUGAGGAAAUAUUGACUUCAUGUGCUGCAGUAGCCUACUUCAGUCUGCUAUUAGUUUUAACCAGAUAAUUACCAAAGAACCUCAUCUUGAACUCUGCUCUGCCAAGGACAUCACGAUUGGAGGAUAUCGUUAUUGAACUUGUGUUUCUGUGUUCGAAAGUUGUUUUGAGAAUUUAGGUAACAUGGAUUUGAAGUGUUUGGGCUAUAUGGUGCUGUUCCUCAUCCGCAUUCUAUACUACAUAUUGAAAGCAAGUGUGUGCUUACUGCAACCAAGUAGACGGAGAACCCUGACUGAGGAGGUGGUGCUGAUCACAGGCGGGGGGCGAGGUAUUGGUCGUCACCUGGCUCAAGAGUUUGCCAAGCAGAGGGCUAAAAAGGUAAAUUAAACAGUUUCUCCACUUUUUUUUAUUAUGCAACUUGUUGGGCAUUAAAAGUCAGGUGGUCCACUUAGCCUAGGCAAUAGGAGCACUCAAAAUAGCCUAUAUUAGCCUAUACCCGUGUAGGUUUUCAUAUCUUUUGAAUUAGUACACUCAUUAAUUAUAUGGUUCUAAUGAUGACUGAGUUGAUACCCUGUACCAACCUGUACCUCUGAACACCACCUGUGCCAUACCUAGUCUUUUUUACACACAUUUCUUGACAUAACUAUUAUUUUUAUUGAUGUAGUACACCCUCACCCCCAUCCUCCUCCAUAUGUUUGCAGUAGGUACAUUGGGAGGGCAAAGACAUCAGUUUGUCCAUGUGUUCCUCCAACCUAUUGUUUCUUUCAAUAUGAAUGCAGGGGGUCAUGACGUUAGGAGUAGAUGGGCCAUUGAGGUUGCAGGACAGGGUCCUCAGUUUUGGUGCAAGUUGCACAGCAGAGUAGGUCAACCAGAGGGCAUGUCCGUUUGACCGCUGCAGUAAUAUAGUGAAGCACAUAAUUAUUUUUGUUCAGCCAAAGCUCCGAAAGAGGAGUUAUGGCUGAAAACUGAUAGUGGAUGAGAUCAGGCAUCAUUAAUGUCCAGAACAAAGUUUUAUUGAUUAAUGACUGCCAGCAGGACUGACCUUGAUCAAGUGAUAACAUAUCCCUGCUAUGGAUUUGGGAUGAAUGUGUGCUUAUUUUUUCUACUUUUGAAACUCUGAAGAAAGCUAAUCACAUAAUCCUCACAGAAUAAAUGUUGUUGUCCAUCUGGGACCAGCAAAGGAACACUUAACUAUGCCAUGUGCCAACACAAUAUAAUAUAAUAUGCCAUUUAGCAGACGCUUUUAUUCAAAGCGACUUACAGUCAUGUGUGCAUACAUGUUUAUGUAUGGGUGUUCCCGGGGAUCGAACCUACUACCCUGGCAUUACAAGCACCAUGCUCUACCAAUUGAGCUACAGAGGACCACAAGACAUCACAUUGCCAUAAUAAAACAGAUUCAGAUGUGUUUUUCAAGCAAACCAGCAAGGCAGAAAUGACCUUACACUGAGUCAUUUAGGUGAAAUGAACCCACAGAGGAAGGUGACAUGUUUUAGCUGCCUCACCCAUACAAAACAUUCACCAUCCAGCCAGGGCUCUUAUAAAUAGCCUGUCUCCACCCCCAUCCCCCCUCCCUAACAAGGAGCAGUCACUUAGGCUUGAAAUACCUCAGUGACUACAUUGACAGUCCCCGCCAGGCCUCCACUACUGGUCAGACUACCCACUAUUCCUAUUUUAACUUCCUCCAAACAUUACACAGCUGAGUGCAUAGUGAGCCACCAUGGUGUUAUGUUAGCUCUGGUAUGUAAUGGACAGAGUCCUAUCCAUUUUACACCUCUCGGACACACAGAUUGAGACAUAAUAAUUUCAUAAUGAAUACCACACCCCCCCCCCCCCCCCUUUUACAAAUCAAAAUCAAAUUCGCAACGCAGAGUGCCUGGAUACAGCCCUUAGCCGUGGUAUAUUGGCCACAUACCACAAACCCCUGAGGUGCCUUAUUGCUAUUAUAAACUGGUUACCAAUGUAAUUAGAGCAGUAAAAAUAAAUGUUUUGUCAUACCGUGGUAUAUGGUCUGAUAUACCACGGCUUUCAGCCAAUCAGCAUUCAUGGAUCGAAUGACCCAGGUUUAUAAUUGCUGUUCUUUUAUGUGGCCUUUUCCACAUGUAAGAUUGCAGCUUAUUACUGUCUGAGCUAAAACCUCCAUUUUGAGUUAAAGUGCUUUGGCCUCGCUCAUCAUCCUUCCAUCAACAUCUUCUCAGGGGAAAAACCCAGAGGAAAACUGUGGCUUUUAAAAUAUAAUUUGCUGCUGCACAACAAAGGAAGUCACCAUUCUUGUCAGCACCCCAUUGUUAGGUAUUACCAAGGUGUGAAGGCUUUGAAAACAACACCUGCGCUAAUGUGCCUGAUAAUUACUCCCUGCCUAAGAGAUGUUAAAAAGAAGUAAGACAUUCAUCAUGAAUAACCUGUAAAGCAGACUUUACCCCAGUUUGAGGUCCAUUGUGAUUGGCAGACGGAAUUUCUCUAUUCUCUCUGCCUAGCUUUUGUGCUUUCACUGUAAGGACUCAUGAGUGCACUAGCCACAGCAUUGAUGCUGUGAGGUGAAGAGGACAGACUUGUGAGAGGGAGAUAGAGGGAGGUGACGGGGGAGUGAGAAUCUGUGUGUCGUCAAAAGAGCCGUUACAGAGUGAAGCACUAAAACAAUAAACCACAGCAACCAUUUACAAAAGCAGCAGAAUCCACGUUCAGAGAACAGAGAGGGAGGGUGCCUCUAGGAGAACCACAAUAACCACAAUCUUUCUCAGCCCUGGCUACUCAUUUGGAGAACUGGGAACAUAUGCCUCUACCCAGGUUGAUUCGUUGAAGCACUAUAUAGUGUGUGCUUGUGUGCGUGUGUGUGCGUGUGUGUGUGGGAAGCACACUGCUCCCAGCUGGGUAUUGCCCUGCAACUGACCCUGCUGUCUAUGCACUAAUUAUACUCUCCCUGUUAGCCCCUAUCCCCUACAGCUGGUGUGAAGAGAAGGGUUCAUGCCCAUCCUUGAACCCAGGUUUUUCCUUGUGAAUAUAAUUGCGUUGUGGUGUAGGGAUGUGGAUGAGGCCCACCACACUGCCAGUUCAUCAUUGCACACUGACACAUCAGCCCUCUGUAAUGGCGAAGACUUACUGUCCUUGAACAGACCAACAGUUUUACACAAUUGGUGAAUGUUGUUUAAUAUUGUCAGAUAUGGAACUUCAGAGUAAUCACUGGUUUAUCAGUGAUACUUAGUCACCUGAUGUGAGGGAAUUUAGAAUUAGUUUUACCUCAACACGUAGGCAUUCUAAACUGAUAGCUCUAGAUUUAACCGGCCAUUGUUUAUCCUGAAGCCCCAGUGUGUUGGCACUGGCAGAUAAGCAUAAUGAAUUAAAUAACAGGAAAACACAGUGUGAGUGCUGUUAGGAUGAAAUCCUAUGAAAGGCUUUCAGUCAUUUACCUAGACCCACCUGUCCAUCUCUUCUGAUUACUAAAAUGGGCUGGCAAAUGAAGCAAACAAAAAAUGAAUCCUAUGAAACUCAAACAAAGACCCAUCCAGUGGAAAGACAAACAUUUUGAAGUCUUGGAACUGAUAAUAACUUAAUGUCAUGCAGAUUGUGAUCCUCUCCUUGAAAUUAAUUAAGGCCCCAAAGCAAACAUUUCACUUUAAAGUCUCCUUCGCUUAGUGCUCCCAUUAUGUAAUUCACAGACAGCUGAUCUGUCAGUAAAACAAGACCGAUAGCAGCAAAACCUUAGGCAACCUUAGGCAAGCUAUGCAUGUUUGAGAGGUUGAGAUAUACUAUCCUCCUAUUCAUUCCUAAAUAAAUUAGUGCUUAUAGCCCCUGGCUGUCUCUGUACUCUUCUCCAUCAGGAUAAGGAUGUCACUGUGACCUGUACUUGUGUUUAAGUUAACUUACUUGUUAGAAUUAGGAUUGUUAUAGUCACACAAGAUUGAUAUCAAAGUGUAAGGGUGGAUGAAAGACAUUCAAGUUCUUGCACACACGUGCACACGCACCCAGACACACACACACAGAAUCACUUUCCAGAGGAUUUUCUGCUCAAAUAUUAACCUCUGUCACAGGCGACCAGCCAAGCCCUACAUUGGCCCCCUCAGCACUUCACACACGCACUGUUUUCAGACUCCCUGACCAGAAAUGACAGGGCUCAUCUGCCCAACAGGCCGUGUAAUCUCUUUGAGAAUGUGUGUUUGAGAGAUGAGGAGGGCUCGCCCCCUGAUUUCAUUACCUUUCCCUGACCCCAAAGACUGACAGAUCUAAUUGCCCAAUCGCUGCCUCCCACCUCCGUUCUUUGCUCAAAUGACUGAGCUUAAUUUAGCCUCACCAGGCUGAUGAAGAGACGGUUCAUUCACAUUGCAUCUCGCUCUAAAACUAUUUGCUGCACCUAAAAAUGGCCUCUCUGUUCUCUGAAUGAAAUGAACAUUUCAACCAAAUGAUCUCUUCUCAUACUUUUGGACCAAAUGCUGCAAACAUGAAAUGGCUGUGCACUUGUUUAGAGCAUGGGCUGUUGGUAUAGUUGUUUGGUUUUGGCUACCCAUUGUAAGGUUCUGAACAAAGAGAGUAAAAACUCAAAUGGACGACUAGUAAAAGCUCAAACCACGUUUAUUCAACCUACUGGGUGGUUUAGCUGCAGACACAACAUACAAGUCACACAAGCACAUAGUUAUACCUUCCGACUAGGAGUCACCUCUUUUGUAUGUCUAAGAUAAACAUCCUUCUAUGUUGUUAGGCAGAAACUCAGUCUGUUCCUCUUACUGGUAUUGUCAUGGCCCUGCCUAAAUUUAGAACCUUCAUAGGUGUGUGUGUGUGUGUGUGUGUGUGUGUGUGUGUGUGUGUGUGUGUGUGUGUGUGUGUGUGUGUGUGUGUGUGUGUGUGUGUGUGUGUGUGUGUGUGUGUGUGUGUGUGUGUGUGUGUGUGAGAGAGAUAGGACGGUAGUUAGAUGGUCUUCAGGGUGGGCCCCUUUGGCCCCACCCAGAGGUUUCUUCUCUCUUCAAAUGUUGACCUUAUCUCGAGUUGAGUUCCACAUCCCUCCUUGUCCUAGUUCCAAGGCAACUGGCCUGCCUUAUCAGGAACUGAGACUAGACUGUUGCUCUUUGCCUCCUUCCUUAAAAAUAUGAAUAUCCAUGUUUAAUAACAUGCACUUCCCCUUGUCUCAUUCUAUACACAAAGUUCCUAUUCACCCUUCAUUGACCCCCAACAUAUACAUGUAAAGUAAUCAAUAAGUUAUAGUAUGGUAACAUGAAUAAGCAUAUUUCAAGCCAGAAUUCAACACCAUUAAACAUAUUUUAGUCAUGUUUCUCCUCAGGAUUUGGACAACAAUAAAUGCACAGAUAGCUGAUUGUUGAAAAGCUAAAUAUCACUAUUCAUGCAGCUGAGCUACUUGCUCAUCUUCUAUUCAGAGCAUAUUACAUAUAGUAUUACGCAACUUAAUUGUCAGUCAUUUUAUAACCCUAUUUUGUAACCCAUGGCUAGUUUACCUUCAACAUGUUUUCUUUCUUAGGUGAUCCUGUGGGGCCGCACAGAGAAGUGUCUGAAAGAGACAUGCGAAGAGAUCGCCCAAUCAGGAACAGAGUGCCACUACUUCCUGUGCGACGUGGCCAAUCGGGAGGAGGUUUACAAGCAGGCCAAGGUGGUCAGGGAGAAGGUAUGCUAUUUAGAUCAUCGUAAAUCCAAUGAGAAAUUUUUAUCCACACAAAUAAAAUGUUGUUUGUAGCCAGUGAAAUGCUCACGGGUCAAAGUUUCUAUCACUGCGGUUACUCCCCUCCACAGAACUGGCAGGGGUUCCAUAGCUCCUUAAUUCCUCUCCCCCAUCUGACAUAUAGAUUACACCUCAAUUGCAAUGUCUGGAUAAGAUUAAAGUGUUGAAUAUGACUGUCUGUCAGCUCUACCACAUAACUUCACAUGAAAAGAAAGUAGGUAGAAAGUGGAUAACCUCUUAACAGUAGAAAAAAAACGCGGUCUUGUUUUUGACGUUUGUUAUGUUAUUAUUUUCCUAGGUGGGAGAUGUUACGAUCCUGGUGAAUAACGCUGCAGUGGUCCAUGGGAAAAGUCUGAUGGACUGCGACGAUGACGCUCUCUUGAAAUCUCAGCAUAUCAACACAAUGGGGCAGUUCUGGGUAAGUGUUGUUGAGGUUUAAGAAAGAGAGGUGUGGGCUUCCUUACAGUUAGAUCAAUCUUAUCAUUUUGACAGAGGUCGGCGCCCAGCGGGCAUGUCAGUCUCAGCUUCAUUUGCAUGAGUGUAGGGGUAUUUCCAAAUGAUAGGCUUACUGCUUCAGCCCCUAGAUAGGCCUCUGAAACCUAUGGCACUCUGUUUGAAUAUAGAUCAAAUUGUCAGGUUGUGUGCAGACAGAAAUGCAAUCAUCAGCUAAAAAGAAAUGUAAACUCAAUCUGUGGCUCCACUCGGGCCUGCUUCCUCUGCGUGUCUCUAUUUAAUGUGUUUAACGGCACAUUUUCUCCCAUGUCCGCCCUCCCUACCUUCUUCUCUCCCAUCCAGACUACAAAGGCCUUCCUGCCACGGAUGCUGGAGCUCCAGCACGGCCACGUGGUCUGUAUAAACUCCAUCCUGUCCCAAUCGCCCAUCCCUGGGGCCAUAGAUUACUGCACCUCCAAGGCCUCCUCCCUGGCCUUCAUGGAGAGCCUGACUCUGGGCCUGCUGGACUGUCCCGGGGUGGGCUGCACCACCGUGCUCCCCUUCCACACCAACACUGAGAUGUUCCAGGGUAUGAGAGUCAGGUGAGCAACAUGAUUCUUCACACUCUAGUUUAGAUUAAACCAUGUAUUGUAGUUACUGUAUACCUAUUCUCGCUGGGUUUACUGUUCUUAUAGGUUUCCAGCACUCUUCCCUCCCCUCAAACCAGAGACAGUUGCCGAAAGGACUGUGGAUGCAGUCAGGACUAACACAACCUACGUUUACAUGCCUUGGACCAUGCAUGCUCUCGUCGUCCUCAAAAGGUAAUGCCUCAUGUAAUUUUGGCCAAUUUAAAGUACAUACAUGUUUUUCACUCAUAUGUAACCCCCUGUCUCUGUAUUUUCUCCACACCCUAGCUUUAUGCCACAGGCUGCACUUGAAGAGAUCCACAAGUUUUCUGGAACCUAUUCCUGCAUGAAUACAUUCAAGGGGAGGACAUAAACACACAUUAUCCUGAAUGUCAAUACAUAUCAGCGGAACCUCAUUAACUCCAGAGGAUGUUGAAGGGAAGUAUACAUGGGCUACAGGACAUUGGGAAACAAUGGAAGCCUUUUGAAAGUAUGCAGCAAAGUGACAUGGGGACUUCAGCAUGUAUUGUUGCUCCGGCAGGUAGAUUUCACUUACAAGCUGCUGGAACUUAUCCUGGUCACAUUCUUGAUCUCCUGUGUGUAGUUGGACGGACUUAAUACCAUUCACACAUUGAACAUAAGCCAUGCAAAACUAGCCUGGAUCAACAGCCUUUUUUCCACAAGUCAGUUUUUUUAUAAUAUAUUUUUUAUCCUACCAAUCAUGUGUCUUUGAAUGGAAUCACAUUAAUAAAAUAAUGUUUCAGAGAACCAAGGUGUCUCUUUGUGCAUGUAGACUAGAAAAUGUCUAGUGAGUGGUCAACACAGCAG